AUGGCGGGAGGACAGGACGACCAGGCGAACUACCACAAGGUUAACUGCUGUAAUUCAAACCGCCAAGAAGUAAGAAGAAACACGAGCAAGGUGAUAACACCAGAGGAGGAAACUCAAGAUGGCAACACCAGCAGUUCUGACCGGGUUUUACAGCACACGCGCAAACGCAAGUACACGAGCAAACGCAAGUACACGAGCAAACGCAAGUACACGAGCAAACGCAAGUACACGAGCAAACGCAAGUACACGAGCAAACGCAAGUACACGAGCAAACGCAAGCACACGAGCAAACGCAAGCACACGAGCAAACGCAAGCACACGAGCAAACGCAAGCACACGAGCAAACGCAAGCACACGAGCAAAGGCAAGCACACGAGCAAAGGCAAGCACACGAGCAAAGGCAAGCACACGCGCAAACGCAAGCACACGCGCAAACGCAAGCACACGCGCAAACGCAAGCACACGCGCAAACGCAAGCACACGCGCAAACGCAAGCACACGCGCAAACGCAAGCACACGCGCAAACGCAAGCACACGCGCAAACGCAAGCACACGCGCAAACGCAAGCACACGCGCAAACGCAAGCACACGCGCAAACGCAAGCACACGCGCAAACGCAAGCACACGCGCAAACGCAAGCACACGCGCAAACGCAAGCACACGCGCAAACGCAAGCACACGCGCAAACAUUUUAUUGAACUGAGAUUCAAGCUUGCCAACAUCCACAUCAUCCAUCAUCAUACUGCAUUGGAGGAAUAG